AUGCCGGAUACGAAAGAAGUCAUCGACGAGGCAAACUCCAAGGAGACGGUCUCCGAGGUGGAAUUCGACCCGGCCGCAGAGAAGGCCCUCCUGUGGAAAUGCGACAUCUGGGUUGUGCCCAUCCUCUUCCUCCUCUUUCUGCUGUCGUUCAUCGACCGUAUCAACAUCGGCAACGCACGUCUCCAGGGCCUGGAGAGGGACCUGAACAUGGAAGGCCACGAUUACAACAUCGCCCUCUUCAUCUUCUUCAUCCCGUACAUUCUUCUUGAGGUUCCCAGCAAUCUCAUCCUCAAAAAGGUCGCGCCCUCUACUUGGCUCAGCGGCAUCAUUGCAGCAUGGGGAAUUGUGACGGUUUGCCAGGGUGUCACCCAUAGCUUUGCUGGGCUGGUGGUGUGCCGUUUCCUCCUCGGUGCGUUCGAGGCCGGUUUCGUCCCAGGAUGCGUCUACUUGAUCUCGAUGUACUACAAGCGACAUGAGCUCCAGACGCGAAUCAACCUCUUCUUCUCUGCUAGUAUCAUUGCGGGUGCUUUCAGCGGCCUACUCGCAUACGCAAUUGCAAAUAUGGACGGAGUCGCCGGCUACGGGGCCUGGCGUUGGAUUUUUAUCCUGGAGGGGAUCGCAACCGUGGUGAUCGCCGUCGCAUCAAAGUUCAUCAUUGCCGACUGGCCGGAGACGGCUAAGUUCCUGAAGGAGGACGAGAGGCGACUCCUGAUCGCCCGGCUGGCCGCCGACAACAAGGGAGCCACCAUGGAUCGCCUCGAUAGUAAGUCAAUCAAGCGGUGCUUGACGGAUGUCAAGGUUUAUCUUGGGAUCCUCAUGUACUUUGGCAUUGUGAACACCGGGUAUGCAACCUCGUUCUUCACGCCCACGAUCCUGAAUCAGUUGGGAUGGACAGAGAUCAUGGCCCAGGUGAUGAGCAUUCCUGUCUUCGUGGUGGCCACGGUGGUCACUCUUGUGUGCGCAGUGAUCUCGGACCGCAUGCGACACCGCUACGCGUUCACGUUGCUGGGCUGCGGCGUCGCCACAAUCGGGUAUGUGAUCCUGAUCUGCCAGCACAGCGUGUCGGUGGGUGUGCGGUACAUGGCGGUGUUCAUGGUCACCGCGGGAGGGUUUGUGGCACAGCCGGUGGUGAUGGCGUGGGUGAGCAACAACAUGGGCGGGCACUACAAGCGAUCGAUCGCGUCGUCGAUGCAGAUUGGAUUCGGCAACAGCGGCGGGCUGGUGGCCAGCAACGUGUUCCUGAGCAGCGAGAAGCCCGGCUACCCCACGGGUUUCGGGACCAGUCUGGGGCUGGUGUGGAUCUGCGUGCUGUCCUGCACGGCGUUCUUCUGGUGGUGUCGCCGGGAGAACAGGAUCAGGGAUGCAGGCGGUCGCGACUAUCGGUUCUCCCUGCCGGAGGAUGAGCUGAACAACAUCGGUGAUGACCAUCCCACCUUCAGGUUUACAUAUUAA